UUCCCAGUAAGAUAAAACCUUCUCAUGUUUUCUUCCUAAUUUUCAUCUUUUUUUUUCUCCUUUGGGUUGAGUUUGGGAUUGAUAAUACAAAAGAAACAGGUUGGUAAUGGAGAACUCUGCUCUACUAAAUAAAGAUCUUGUUUUCUUAACCAUAAAAUUUCUCAGAGAAGAGGGAUUGAAGGAAACUGCACACAUGCUUGAGUGUGAAAGUGGGUUGUUCUUUAACCUGAAGCAUUUUGAGAAGAUGUUAGUUGUUGGAAAAUGGGAUGAUGCUGAGAGCUAUCUUUCUAGAUUUACAAGCAUAGAUGACAACGUGCACUCAACCAAAAUUUACUUUGAAAUCAGAAAACAAAAAUACCUUGAAGCAUUGGAUAUUCACGAUCGUGGUGAGGCUUUAGAUAUUCUCCUUAGGGAUCUAAAAGUUUGUAUUCCCGGGCAUGAAGAACUGUUUAAUGAAUUGACUCAGCUUUUGGCAGUCAACAAUAUAAGAGAGCAUGCAUUACUUGCAACAUAUAAAGAUACAAAUUCUGCGAGGAAAAAUGUUGCAGAUGGUAUUAUAAAACUCAUUGAGGGAAAUCCUGAGUUCCAUGGAAAAUUGAAGUUUCCUACCUUUAAAAAACAGCGAUUAUAUUAUCUUCUGAACCUAAGUUUGAAUUGGCAACAUCAAGUUCGUAAAGAUCCACUUCGAGCUCCUGACAUGAAAACCUUUUUAAUGGACCCUGUUUCCAGUUCCAGUUCGAAUCCUUCACUUCUGCAAUCAGAAAAUAAUGAUUCAAUUGAAAACUUGCAAUCUGAAACUACAAUGGAGGAUCAUAAUGUAUUAUCACUGCAGGGAAGACCCAACCAGGUGUCAGAGGAGAAUGGUAAUAAAAAAGGCUUGGAAGAUGGGAGGUCCAAACCAAAAAUUUAUGAGUCGUCCCCUUGUCAAUUUUUGGAGCUUCCAACUCAUCCCGACAUAACCAAGAUAGUUAGAGUGACUUACACCAAUGAGGGAAAUGGCAUUUUGGCAUUGGCAUCAAAUGGUCAUCAUAUACUUUGGAAGUGGCCUUGUAAUAACCUUAACUCGGAUGGCAAGGCAACUACACAAGUUUCUCCUCAAAUUUGGCAACCAAGGAGCUCGCAAUUGAUGAGCAAUGAACUUUCAAGUUCAUAUAGUGGACCCCCAAUUUCUUCUUUUUCCUUAUCAAAGAACGAUUUAUAUCUCAUGUCAACAUCUGGUGGACCAAUCUCAUUGUUCCACAUGUUCUCGCUUGAGACUUUGACGACUAUCAUGCCACCAUCAUCUAUAACAACUUGCCUCGCCCUCUACCCUCGUGAUAACAAUAUACUCGCUAUUGGUAUGGAUGAUUUGAGUAUAAUUAUAUACAACACUAGUACAAAUAAGAUUAUAAGCAAACUUGAGGGUCACACCAAAAGAGUUUCCGACCUUGCAUUUUCAAAUAGUUUUGAUCUCCUUGUUUCCAUCGGUGUAAAUGAUCAGAUUUUUGUAUGGAACACCAAUGGAUGGAAAAAACUAAAAGAUAGGUACUUGCAAAUACAUGGACAAAGGGUGCCGGAAGUACUAACUGAGACACAUAUUCACUUUCACCUAUAUCAGAGGCACUUCCUUGUUGUACGAAGUGAUUGUCUUGUAAUGUAUAAAGCAAGAAAUCUCAAAUGUUAUAACCAGUGGGUUCCAAGAGCUGCAGAGGUUAUCUCCCAAGCAACUUUCUCAUCUGAUGGUCAAGCUGUGUAUGUCUGUUUUGUUGAUGGAACUGUAGCAAUACUUGAUACUUUAAAGUUUCAAAUGCGUUGUAAGAUUAAUCUCUCGACUUACAUUCCUACAAUCCCAAGUUCAAGCAUGUCUCCAAUAGCCAUUGCUGCACAUCCACAGAAUCCAACCCAGUUUGUUGUGGGGCUCACAGAUGGUAGAGCCUUUGUGUUUGAGCCUCGAGAGCCACAAGAUUGGAGCAGGUUUAGCCAUUGAUAAUGCAACACCAGGAUUGUGAGAGUUCGUGAACAUGUCAAAAAUGAAAUGAAUGACUGAAGAUUAAUAGAAAAGUAUAAUCAAUAAUUAGAGAAAAUAAAAAACAAUAAUACUGUUUAUUG